AUGAAUGAACAGGCCCAGAAAAGUUGAACGACUCUCCCACAUCACUCAGCUAGUAGAUGGCUAAGGCAGGAUUUGAACUCUGCCAGGAUGCUCCGGGCCACUGCUACCCCGCGGGAGUUAAAGUACAGGAAAGUGCUUCCAUAACCAGCAGAGCACCACUUUCAACUGAGUAUUGUCUGAGGGCUGAAAGAGAGCCAGCGAGGACUCCCAGAGGGAUCCCGGAGGCUGGUAGCCCCGCCCCGCUCUUAUCAGAGCCCCCAACCCGUGCCCCCCCCAACCCCUCUUCCCGAGUUUCUUUCCGGUCUCCUCCGCUGAUACACUUGCCGCCUAUCCCCACCACAUACAUCCCAGCCAUGGCUCUGGUUCUGCAGCUACUGCCGCUGCUACUGUCAAGGGCCCAGGGAGACCCCGGGGCUUCACUGGACGGCCGUCCCGGAGACCGGGUGAAUUUCUCCUGCGUAGGGGUCUCGCAUCCCAUCCGCUGGGCCUGGGCGCCUAGCUUCCCUGCCUGCAAGGGCCUGUCAAAAGGACGCCGCCCAAUACUGUGGGCCUCCUCGAGCGGGACCCCUACUGUGUCUCCAGUCCAGCCCUUUGCUGGUCGCCUACGUGCCCUGGACCCCAGUAUCCGGCGGCUGGAGCUGCUCCUGAGCGCAGGGGACUCAGGCACCUUUUUCUGCAGGGGCCGCCACGAAGAAGAAAGCCGUACAGUGCUUCACGUGCUAGGGGACGGGGCUGAUUGCAGGGCACCGGGGUCUACCCACGGGUCCGUGAAUCCCCAGCUCCUGAUCCCCCUGCUGGGCGCUGGGCUGGUGCUGGGAGUCGGGGCGUUGGGCGUGGUCUGGUGGUGGCGCAGACGAUCACCCCCGCACCCGCCUCGACCACUCCCCAGAUUUGAUCCACUCGCGAAAGUCGAGCCCCAGAGGCCAGUAAAGGAGGAGGAGCCUAAGACUGCAGGGGACCUGGACCAGGAGGCGAGCCUGCUCUACGCAGACCUGGAUCAUCUGGCCCUCAGAAGGCCCCUCCGGUUGUCCCCCAUGGUCCCAGCUGAUGCCUCGACCAUCUAUGCGGUUGUAGUUUGAAGGGAAGCCCUUAUUCCAAACCUCACAAGCUGAAGGCUCCCAGCUCUCCACAGCUCCCCUCUCCUUCUUGGCCCCUCACCUGGCAAUGGAUGCACCACAGGACAGAAAUGAGCACUAGUAUGGGAGUCAGGAGCCCUGGGUUCUCUGCUCUGCCACUGAUCUUGCUCCUUCAGUUACCCCAUCUCUCCUGUAACUUUCACAUCUUCUUCACCACUGGUGCCUUUCUAAACCUGACCAAGCCCUGUCUCCCUAUCUUAAGACAUCAACAAGUCCUAGAUAGUUGUCCUGUCUCUUCCCUCCCGUGCACAGUCCAGCUCUUUGAACCAGGGGCCUACACUUUGUCUUCUCCUUGACUCCACUCACACUGCUCCUCAUCUCUCCAUGAGGUUGCCAGUGAUGUCCUAAUGGCCACACCCAGCAGAGUUUUUAGUUGGUCUUUGGUUACUUCCUUCUUUAAUGCUGGCAUCUUCCCUUUGGACUCCUCCGCCCUCCUCCCUAUUCCCACGGUAUUCCCCACUAUUCUAGGUUCGUCCCUUUAUCUGACUUCCCUCUCUUCUGGGAAUUUGGCAUCCACAGCCAGUCCUCAAGCCUCACCUCUGCAAACAACACUCAGAACUCUCUCCAGCUCAGAUCUCGAGUAAUGAGAUUUCCCAUCUAUUACUGGGACAGCCCUGCUUGGUCAGCCAUAGACAUUCUGCACACAGCAUAUCCCAAACCCAACUCACUGUCACUCACUUAAUCCUCCUCUGUAGUCUCUCUUGAUCAACCAGUUGCCUAAGCCAGAAACUGGGAGUCAUGCAGACCUUGUUCUGCUCACUCCCACACAACGAACCAAGUCCCGUCUUUCUAUUUUAAUGUCACUGUGAAAUCCAUACCCUUCUUCAUGCCCAGGGCUGCCACCUGAAUAUACUCUCCUCAUUUCCUCCCUGGGUGACUCAUAGCCCCACCUCAUCCUUUUGCCCCUGCCCUCCUCCCUGAAGCCAGAGGGGUCCUCCCCAAAUGCAAACCUCCUCCUCACAACCUGUAUUCCAGAGUUGCAGGAUGUCUUUCCAGGACCUUUUCUUGGACCCAUGGGCCUUGGCUUUGGGUACAAGGUGCUGGCAGCACUCUGCCUACCUUCCAGACUUGUCUCUGGCACCCCACAUGUGCACAGCAUGCCAGCCUGGGAGAGAUUCUCCCUAGCAGCCUCCAAAUACGUUUUUGUGCCAGGCAAGUCCUUCUUUCCAGAUCACCCUUUUUUCCUUCUCCCCACUACCUUCCUGCCUAAUAAUUCUUCAUCCCUAAGACUCAGCUGAAACGUAGCCAUUUCUGGGAAGCCAUUCCUGACCCUCUUUGCCUACCCCUGCAUACAUUUUGAUUUUGAUGCUGAAGGCAGUCUCCUUAUUUAUCUCUAAGCAACCACACCCUGUAAAUUGUUCCAUCACAACCUGUAUUUCAGUUUCAAUGUACUGUGAGUUCCCUGCUCUCAGGAGACUGACCCUUUUUAUAUUACUGCUAAGCCUCAGUAAAUGAGUGAAUGAAAAUGAA